AAAAAUAAACUAACCUUAUUUACAAAGUCUUCAUGUAAACAGUAAAGACUUCAAUUAUCUGUACCCGUCAAAUCCCUCAUCCCUCCCUUUCCUCACUCCCUUACCGAUUCUCUCUCGCCAUUCUCAGUCUUGCCAGCCGCAAACCCCUUGACAUCGCAUAUACCAGCUGAGACCGUCGUCAUCGUCACCGUAUGAACAAAUCUAUGCUCAGAAAUCAGAGAUGAGAGCCCCAAGACCGUCGCCUGCACCCCCCCCGUCUCAGAAAAGCCUUGUUUUCACGCUAAAAACCCAGAAACUUGAGAAAUGCUAUUCUUGCUGAAUACCUGCCAUAAACGCAGUCUGUGCUGCCUCUUCCGUUCUAAUUGGAAGAAGAUUUCUCAAGCGGCUAUAAUUUCAUGGCGGGUUGGUUUAAAUCAGUUCCAAAAUUUGGGAUCGUUUGGGAUAUUUUUAGGUUUUUCUGUCCCGCUCAAAUCUUGGCUCGCUAAAAAAACGGAAGCAGUUUAAGCUUCUUCAGCUUUUUGAUUUGGAUUGAAGAUGAUUUUUAGCCAAAAAGGCUAAUGUUUUGUGUUAAGGCUCGUGCAUUCAAGUCCUAAGAAGCAUCGUCAUUUGUCACCACUCCUCAUUCUAAAGUCAACUGUUAAUUUGUGAACAAGUUAAUACUUAUGAAUCAUGUAGCCUGUCAAACAUUAAUUGAAUCUCUAUCGAAAGAAUCAUUUGUUUGCAACAAUCAUCUGGUCGGCUUCUAUGGCUAAAGAAGCAGCAGCAGCAGCUGCCUCAUCUUCUCCUCCUCCCUGUUUCACCAAUCCAUGGAAAUACCAUGUAUUCUUGAGUUUCAGAGGCGAGGACACGCGCUGCAAUUUCACAGGCCAUUUGUGUAGAGCUUUGCGUCAAAAAGGAAUUAACACCUUCAUGGAUAAUUGUCUUUCAAGAGGAGAAGAAAUAUCAACAGCGCUCCUCAAAGCGAUUGAAGAGUCGAGGAUUUCUGUCAUUGUAUUCUCCGAAAACUAUGCUUCCUCAAUGUGGUGCUUGGACGAACUUGUUAAGAUCCUUGACUGCGAGAAAUCCAAUCAACAAACGGUGAUUCCGGUAUUUUACAAGGUGAGUCCCUCAGAUGUUCGAGAUCAGAAGGGUUGUUUUGGUGAUGGACUUGCUGGCCUUGAGUGCAAUUAUAAGGAUAACGUUGACAAGAUCCACAAAUGGAGAGCAGCACUUUCAGAAGCAGCAAACUUGUCUGGGUGGCCUCUCUCGGAUAAGUAUACAUUAUUACUUUAACACUUCCUUCUUCUUUCGCUUGUUUCAAUUUCUCUACUCUUUUGGUAUAUAUAGAUUUAAAUUUUUUGUGAUAGGAUCAAGAAUCAAAAGACCCAACAUGUCGUCAAUUUGUAGCCUUUGUCAUCCAUUUGUGGCCUUGCCAUCCAUUUGUGCAUAUUUGGAGUCAAAUUUAGUGGACAAAUUGGUGUCUCUAGCAUCCUUUGUCCAAUCUUCUCAAACUAUAAAAAAAUAUUGGUUUGUAAAUAUAACUGGAAAAAACACGGGAAAAACAUGGGAAAAUGUCAUUUAUAAGAUGUUCCUUGUGAUUUUAUA